UAUUUAAUGAUCGCACCGAUUUCCCUCAUAUCCGUUGAUUCGCUGCUGUAAGCCAAAUUUGUUCCUGCCUAGAGCUGCGCGUUGAUCAGGUUCCUGUCAUGCAUUUGGAUUAUCUGGUCCCUUGACAGACAAGUCCCAGGCUCUCUCACAGGUGUACGUAUGCGAAAUAUGCGCGUUUUCGACGACGAACCCCUUGGCGACCGACUGCAGCUCGGAGCAAGAGGCCUUGUGGUUAGCAGCUGCCAGUGCGGUUGGUAUUCUGCAUAUUCAGCCACGGAUCACGCUCGUCUGACGGCGAUGACAAUUAUAGCGAGCAACUUGGAGAACUUGGAUCCUAUGCCGACUGAUUCACAUUGUGCACCUAACAUCAGAGAUGAUGCGGUCUAUUUAUCCUCGGCGGCCAGAUCCACCCCAGCCGCAGUUGUAUUGGUCGGCAUCCAGGACCAUUUAUUGUCAAGGUUGGUCGAGAUUCCUUUGUUAGUGGCUACCCAAAAUGUUCUGUGAAAAAACUACAGCCGGGGAUAUCACUCCAUAGCUUUGACGUUUGCAGGUCCAAUGCUUUAGUUAAGUAUCGUUGUCCAGAGGCUGUUCUAAACGAACGGGGAUAUAUACCUACCUACCUAGGUACCUAAGCUCGCAUUUACAGACAAAUAGGUAGUGGAGGCACGGUGAGGGCAGAGUGAGAGCAAACUGAUGGCACACUACCAGCGGAAGAGGCCGCUCUAGGGGAUGUAUUGCAUACUGUGCGGUUUCGAGGACCCCAGCUGCCGGAUAUUUCACCUACCCCAACUCCCACACUUUUUCCUUCAUUCUCACUUUCACGUUGACCUCGAAAGUCAUCAAGCAAACCCGCCAUCACAAUCUUGUUUUACUCUGCGCUGUAUCGUAAGACAAAGGAAUCCUUGAUUUCCUCCUCUUCACAUCAAAGCUUUGUUAUUUCUUUUAUUGCCUUUGAUCAUUCUCCCAGAACUUCACCGGCAAUAACAUUUCAACACCUUUUUCUUAUCCACGAACCCAACUUUCGAGGACUCGACCUUUUUUUUUCUUGCUCUUUAUUUCCUUCGUUCAUCCUGCUGUAGCAUGGUCCUGCUGUGACUUUCUGCCAAACCAUGAACGAGGACACCGACUCCGUCGUCUCGCAGUCGCCUGGCGGUGCUUUGCUGGAAAACACACCCGCGAGGCGGGAAAACAACAUCAGGCAGCCACCAAGCGGUCGGCCACAGACACCCAUCAACAAGCGGCACGUCUCACAACAUAGACGCCCAGUUGAGGUGGAACCAAGCCCUCCCUACAGCUUGAAUGAACGCAGCAACAACAGCGCCAGGAUGUCUGUGAAUCCUUUUGACGGAGGCCAGCCUUCGCUAUCAGGCGUUGGACCGCCUCCUGCACAAUUUGCCGAGAUCCGUGAUGCCUGCUAUGCGGCCCAGCCCAUCUGUUUCCACCUGCAGACGGCCCUCCACCGUCAGGCUGGGCUGACUGAGGAGGCCCAGGCAAACUACUACCGCGAUAUGCGCUCCAUUGGAGACCGCAUUCUCGCCAUCCAGCUGGCCAUCACUUCACUUGAGCAGGAUACUUUCACCGAGCGUAGUCGUACAGCGUCCGCCGUGGCGACCCUCCGCUCUCAACUGGAGUCUGCCGUUCACGAUGGCGACCAGCUUCGCCACCAGGUACGAAUGCUGCAGACCGAGCUGUCUGCUUACGAGGAUGCCUCCGUCAUGCCCCAUCGAGUUAGAGGCAAUGGUGCCCCCAUCAAUGGAUCUCACCCGGCGUACUCGCAGGUCGUUGGUGACCUUAGACGACGAGCUGAUCAAGAAUUUCACAUGCCUGUUCGUCAUCCCGGCACCCUUGCAAACCCAGUCACCCCUGGUCGUCACUUGGGUGGACGCUAUGCAGGCUCCGUCAGGGGCACCAGCUACCGUGGCCGUGUUGGCUCCGUUAGAGGUAGACUUGCUGCAGAUCACAUGGCUGGUCGUCAACCGAGCAUUUCCGUCCACAAUCAUAGCCACCAUGGAAGCUUCAACAGUCAAAACAGCAGCAGCACUGACGGCUUCUCCAGCGGAGGAGGCAUGCCUUUGCUCACCAUGCAGCCCCACAGCUCUGUGGUCGGUGACGGCUUGGGCAGUCCUACUCGCCGCCCGUCGCAGCUAGCCCUCGAGAACCUGAGAACUUCUGCUUAUGGAGACCACGCGUCUAAGCAUUCGUCAACCAUGCAUUCGAGACAGUCUGAUGUGCCCAUCAUGGGCCCCACGCCGCGUCAACUGGCCAAGAGCCAGGCUCAGGUGCGCGCUGUGGGUCAGUAUGGCUAUGGCAAGAGCACUCAUCACGGCCACGGAGAUGGUGAUUCGAGCGAUGGCGGUAAUUACUGGGCAGCUGAAGAUGGAGGUUCUCCCAUCCCACUCCUCAAGACCGAGCUCGGGCUGCGCAGCACCUCUGACAUUCGACCUCCUGGAGCCAUCGGCGGUCGUCCUCCGUCGGCCGACGGAGGUGACAUUGAUGCCCCUAGUCCCGGUGGUAACUCCUCCCUGCAUCCCUCAUCCUCUGCAUCCAACAUCAAGCCUCGCAAGCAGUCCCCUCAGCCCUUCCGCGGUCAAAUCACUCCCCAGCUGCAGGAAGGCCCGGCAGCCAUGCAUCAAGCUAAAGAAGUGCCCUUGCGGAAAGAGACGCUCCAGCUGCACACGCAACAAAGCUCACCUGCGUAUCCCGCCGGCCAGGGAGGCCAGCAGCAGGUCACCCGCAACCGCCAGGCGUCAGGCCCGACUCGAGAGCAGCAGCAGAUGCAGCUGCAGCUCUUUGAGCAGGCGGGCGCCAACAAGUCGGUGGCCAUGUUCGAGGGCGAGCCCGAGGAGGACGGGCUGAUCCUGGACGCGGUGGGCAAGGAGUGGCGCAAGGAGUUCGACCAGGUCUAUACCUACGUCAUCGGCUGGGUGCGGUCCAACUGCAACAAGGUGAGCGUGGUCAACAACGCGCAGAUCCCACGCAAGUACCCCCGCCUCUGGGAGUACAUGCUGGAGCUCACCUACCCGGACCACAUGAAGAACGCGGCGUCGCACGUGCAGUUCCUGCUCUCGGACCCCGAGGUCCGCUGCUACUUCAUCUGCCGCAUGCUGGUUCAGUUCCUCGUCUUCCACGUCUUCUCCAUCGACGCCUGGAUGGCCGACGACCCGUCCCGCACCGGCACCAGCGGCCAGCUCCGCGGCCCCGCCAAACACAAGCUCGCGAUGCUGAUCCGCAUGCGCGACGGGCUGGGCGACUCGGCGACGCCCGAGCAGCGCCGGCGCGUGCAGACGGGCCAGGCCGAGUGCGUGGUCGAGAUGCUGUCGCACCCGGACUGGCCGAGCGUGCGCCAGCAGCGCGUCAGCGACAUUGUGCACCGGUUCAAGGAGAUGGCCGGCCCGCUGAUGCGCGAAGACGCCGACCGCGCCCUCGCCUCGCACGACCUGUACGGCAUCGCCGUCAACGCCAUCGAGACCUCGGCCAGGGUGCUGUCGGCCCGGUUGAGCUUCGUCUUUGGCUUCAGCGACUGCGGCGUCAAGUUCUCGGAUCAGAUGCACUACGCCAUCAACGCCGCCAACAUUGGCGGCGUCAAGCUGCAGCAGCAGCAGUGGCGCGUCAUGUGUGUCGUCACGCCCAACAUGACCAUCCGGGACGACGGCGGCCCCACCACCCAGCUGCGCAACAUUGCAAAGGCCAAGGUCAUGGUCAUGCCUUAGAUCCGGGCUACGUCGCGUGUGUCACACUGAUUGUUGGUGGCUCGUGGACAAGGGUUUUUUUGUUUUUUUGUUUGGAGGUCUCACCGCAAAAAGCUCAUGGCUGUUUACCAGGUCAUGACGCCAAGCCACAUCAGGCAAUACCUCUAUAAACAUUAAAGCUUGCUCGGGCUCACGAAGCACACGACACGGUUCAUCUUCAUCACCAUUUCCUUAUCAUUCUCAACUCUCUGGCUAGCCAUCUCAUAUCGAGCAGCCCGGGAGAGUUGUUUGUUUUCCGAACAAAACUGUUAUGAGUGGCACAAGCUCUACAGGAACGGCAUCACAGUCUUUUUUUUUCCUUUGAUCUUGGGACUCCCGGGAGUAAACCGAGCCUCGCAGUUGGCACAACAGGCUUCCACUUGAAGACUAUGAAAACCAGAGUCUAUUCGAGGCCCGUAUCGCCAGGAGAGGUUGUGAGCGAGGUUCCUUUUUUCACACUUUAACAGUGCUUAUCCCUUUAAUCUUUGGGAGGAGCUCUGGAUUUUUUUUCUCUUUGGGGAUCUCUUUGUUUGUUUGUUUCCUUCUCUGGCGCUGGGUUUCCGGGUUUUCUCUGCCACAUGCCACAUAUACGGUAUCACAAGACAGAAUUAAGCUUGGGAGAAACCGGUGAAUGAAUUAAUUGGGGGGCAGCUCAUAACUCGGUGUCUUUCUCAGACGGCAAUAACUGCAAUAAUUGGGAGAAAGGGCUCCGGGUAUCAUUCACUGAGCAAAAGCGCAGGGAGGAAAGGAGACAAUGGCCAAAAUCGGCGUGUUCAUAGUGAUAAUAUGAGGCGAUGAAUACUCAUUGUAAAUUGUAUUACUUGUGCAAUAUUUGAUAUCGUAGUGAAG